AUGCAGCCAGAGGUGGAGCCCUUCUAUUCCUCCACCAUGGGCAAUCCCAGCAUGCACAGGGAGGCAGGAGUCCUCCUUGUGGACCCUGAGACUCCAGAGGAGACGCGGACCCGCUGCGUGAGCAGGCCCACCAAAUCCUCGAAGCAGCAUUUGCGGCAGGUUAUUGCAGAAUAUGAAGCCCUGGACCGCGAGCUCCCGUGCAUUCGGAAGUUCCCCACGCCGCCCGCCGCCCAGCCCCUGUGCCUGUGCAUGGAGACCCUGCCCGAGGCAGACUUCACCCACUUGGAGGUACUGCAGGCGCUGGAGGCGGAGCUACCUGGGGCCAUGGAGAACGGACGCGUGAACAGUAUCCGCUUUGAGAACAUGAAUGUCAUCUGUGGGACUGCCGGGCGCCGGAACCGGUGGCUCAUCUCGGUCACAGACUUCCAGACUCGUUCACGCCUGCUACGCUCUGGGCUCUGUCCUCGCGGCCUCGCGCACCACUUGGUGCGCCACGACGAGCUGCUACUGAGCGAUUACCGCCUGCACCUGCGCCGCUCUCUGGCCCGAAGGCGCAUGCUCGAGGCCUUGGGGGCGGAGCCGACCGAGGAAGACUGA